AUGUCUGCUGAACCUUCCGGCUCACCCGCUGAAGACCAGGCUCGAGCUGAAUCAGCCGCAGCCGACAAUGUCUUGAACGGGCUCGACGAUGUGGGCAGCGAGGACGAGGACGCGGUCACCUCAGGGCGGAGAAAAGUCGCCGACGCAGAGGCAGAAGGCGAGGAGGAACAAGCUGGAGACGAUCUGUUUGGGGACGACGAUGACGAUGUGCCAGGACAACAGCCUGAACAGCCCUCAAAACGGCACCUCGACGACGCAGAGCUCGAUUCUGGAGACGAUGAGGGCAGGGCAGAUCGUUUACUGGAAGAUGACGCCCAGCAGUUCGAAGAGAAGGAGAUCGUCGCGAUGGAUGUCGAGCUCUCUCGCCAAGCAGUCCCAGAACCCAGUGACGGCGAGAUGUACCUUAUGAAGGUUCCGCCAUUCAUGUCGAUAGAACCCCAAGCCUGGCAGACAACGACCUUCCAGCCCCCCACGACCGAACAUCAUUCCAAGGCUGUGCCGACAGCAGCAUUCUCUGCAUACAACACGGCACUGACCACGAUGCGUUGGCGACACUCACCCUCGAACCCGGCCGAACUACAAUCCAAUGCCCGCAUCAAUAGAUGGUCCGAUGGGUCACUGACUCUACAACUUGCGUCAGAUCCAAACACCCAGUACGAGAUCGACGGCAACCCACUCGCACCGCCCCAGCGUAAUCCGAUCAUGCCCACGCCGAUCAGUGUCAGCACGCGGGGACAGAAGGGCGGCAGACAGGGUGCAGCUGAUGGCGAGAAGUACGACUUUAGCAGAGAUGCUUGGACAUAUCUCAUCGUACCGGUGCAAGAAGCAGAAGCUUUGCGUGUCACGCACAAAGUGACUGCUGGGCUCCAGAUCCGACAGACGGAGUCUGGCGAGGAUGACGCUAUCGAGAAGCUGCAGGCGGCUCUUGCAAAUGCAGCCAACGCCACAAAGGUUGGGGGAGCCACUGGCACGCUCGAGGCUACCGAGGUUGAUCCAGAACUGCAAAGGAAGCAGGCAGAGGUGGCGGAGCGGCAGGCGAUGCGAAACCGGAAGAAGUUGCAGAACGCGCAAGAGCGGGAGCGGGAACGCACGGAUCGUACGCUUGGUCGCUCGGGAUUGUCCUCCAGCCGCCACGGAGGGCUCAAUGUCGGCAUGCUCGAGGACGAUGAAUUGGAGGGUGGUCGCGGCAAAGCAGGACCAGGGAAGACACGUGCGAAGCCCAGACGGCGUCGCAACAGCGAGUACAGCGAGGACGAAGACAAUGGCCGCAAGCGCUUCACCAAGGAGGACAGCUACGAUCAGGAGGAUGACUUCGUCGCACCCAGCGAUGAGGAAGAAGAGGUCGAGGACGAGGAUGAUCCUGAUGACGGCAUUGUCGAGCAAGCACGAGAGCGAACUCCAAAACGAGACCGGGCACGGCCGGCCUUAUCUGCUGAGAAUAGCGGCGGCGUUGAGGAGGACGCAGACGCCGAGGGCGAGAUCGAUGAUGAUGUGCCUCAGCCACGGCUUAAGAAGCGCCGCAUCGUCGACGACGACGAUGAAGAUUGA